GGAGAGUCCUGUUUGAUCAGUUUGACCCUGGGAACACGGGCUACAUCAGCACAGGCAAGUUCCGGACCCUCCUGGAGAGCCACAGCUCCAACCUGGACCCGCACAAAAGGGAGGUGCUCCUGGCCCUCGCUGACAGCCAUGCCGAUGGGCAGAUCUGCUACCAGGAUUUUGUCAACCUGAUGAGCAACAAGCGUUCCAACAGCUUCCGCCAGGCCAUCCUGCAGGGCAACCGCCGGCUCAGCAGCAAGGCCCUGCUGGAGGAGAAGGGGCUGAGCCUCUCACAGCGGCUGAUCCGCCAUGUGGCCUACGAGACCCUGCCCAGGGAGAUAGACCGCAAGUGGUACUACGACAGCUACACCUGCUGCCCGCCGCCCUGGUUCAUGGUCACAGUCACGCUGCUGGAGGUGGCCUUCUUCCUCUACAAUGGGGUGUCGCUGGGUCAAUUUGUGCUGCAGGUAACUCAUCCACGUUACCUGAAGAACUCACUGGUUUACCACCCACAGCUCCGGGCACAGGCUUGGCGCUACCUGACAUACAUCUUCAUGCAUGCAGGGAUAGAACACCUGGGACUCAACGUGGUGCUACAGCUGCUGGUGGGGGUGCCCCUGGAGAUGGUACAUGGAGCCACCCGAAUCGGGCUUGUCUACAUGGCCGGCGUUGUGGCAGGGUCCUUGGCGGUGUCUGUGGCUGACAUGACUGCGCCAGUCGUGGGCUCUUCUGGAGGCGUGUAUGCGCUCGUCUCUGCUCAUCUGGCCAACAUCGUCAUGAACUGGUCAGGCAUGAAGUGCCAAUUCAAGCUGCUGCGGAUGGCUGUGGCAUUGAUCUGUAUGAGCAUGGAGUUUGGGCGGGCAGUGUGGCUCCGCUUCCACCCGUCGGCUUAUCCCCCGUGCCCUCACCCAAGCUUCGUGGCGCACUUGGGUGGCGUGGCCGUGGGCAUCACCCUGGGCGUGGUGGUCCUGAGGAACUACGAGCAGAGGCUGCAGGACCAGUCGCUGUGGUGGAUUUUUGUGGCCAUGUACACCGUGUUUGUGCUGUUUGCCGUCUUCUGGAACAUCUUUGCCUACACCCUGCUGGAUUUGAAGCUGCCACCUCCCCCCUGAGGGCUGGGGCCCGAGAUGGGGGAGGGGAGGAAAAAGCAUCGUCCAAAGGGAGCAUCUGCAUUCUUUUUUCUCAUCAGCAGCUCAGUGGGACCGGGCGGGCAAGGACAGAAGACUCUGGCUGCUGUAAUAGCUGUGCUUAGAUUUGAACAGACAGUGGAGGCCCUUUCCUGAAUAGCACCUGGCGGAGGAGUCUAAUGUAGCUGCUUUCAUGUUUUAGGCUGUUCUGAUGACAUCUGGCCAGGGUGAAGUCCUGGGGUGCCAUCCCCCUGUGUGGGGCUUGGUCCAUGUAGUCAGGCAUCUCCUUUCGCUGCCACAGAGUGAGCAGAAGCUUCUCCGUCAUCCUCUACCCUGAGAGACCCUGAGAGACCCUAAGAGACCCUAAGAGACGUGGGAAGACCUGAGGGUUGUCAAAGCCAGGCAGGCCCUUCUCCAGUCCAGAGAUUGCAGGCCAGUGUCCCCUCUAUAGCUGCUGGGUCUGGAGCUGGGGUGAGAAGAGGGCCUAUGAUGGACAUGUCGACCCUGCCCUGGGUAAGACCAGAGUGCACUCCUGUGCCUGUCAGUGAACACUGGAGCAGAGCCUCUAGUGCCUGGGCUGGGCAGAUGCUGUGGGCUCCAGGCCCCACUUUUGCCCUAGGGGUGCCCAUUGAGAGGGACCCAAGCAGGGGGCAAUAAACUUCUUCCCAAGUUCUAA